AUGGGCUCUCAGACAUCAACUAAUAAUGAACGUACCCAUGGAUCGGUCAAUAAUAAUAUCAUAACCGAUCUUUAUCAAGCUUGUUCUCAAGGAAAUUAUGAGUUCGUUCUUCAAUUACUAGAAUCAUCUAGUUUUGAAGCCAUCAAUCGUCUAGAAGCGAAUGGAAGUACUGCAUUACAUGUUGCAGUCGAGAAGGGUUAUACAAAUAUUGUCGCUUUACUAUUGGACACAUAUGGUAUCAUGAGACAUUUGACUAACCGUGAUGGUCGCACUGCCUUCGAACUAGCACGAACAAAUGAGAUGCGUAGACUCUUCCAAAGACCGAGUUCUAGUGGUAAUCGCUUCUACGGAGACGACAGCUUCGUAGCAAUGUUUACUGCUGUACUGAAAAACAAGAAGCAGAAUUAUAAUCAACAAACUUCUUCCGAACGCGUACAACGUUAUGAAACUUUGGAGGAUCUCAGACACCAUCAGAUCUAUGAAGUCCAAGGACAAUAUUGGAAAGAAGUAAUCAACGGAUUCAAAUCUUUUACUUUCCAACAGCCAGAAGAAUCGAUUAGACAACAGCAAGCGAGCGAGCUACAAUCUCUUGUUGAUCAAUAUAUUAGAUCAUCACACCAGCAGUAUGCCAAGGCUAACGAACUGGCAAAUAGUUUUCGGACGAAGGGAGAAGUGGAAUCGCUUAUUCGCCUCUAUACGCUCGAAACACCAUUUUAUCGAUAUAUCAAUAGUGGAAAAGAAUCAAGUGCCAAACUUGCUUUGCCACUUAUGCGUUCAAUGGCAAGUGUACGUGAUCGUGCAUUCACUGGCAUCUGUUAUCGAGGUUUGAGUAUGACAAAACAAGACUUGAAAGCAUAUGAACGGGCCAAACAAAACAAGGAUCAGUGUUUGGAAACGAACACAUUUUGCUCGACGACGACUGAUAUUGCUCAAGCAAUAUUUUAUGCUGAAGCGAACGAAAAUGGCCAGCGGCAAAAAGCGUUAAUGGUUUUUGAAUUCCCUACAUCAUGUGAAACUGCCAUUCGUCUUGAAAAAAUUUCCGAUGAAUUGCCUUGUCUUUCAGAUUUCGAAGAUGAGAAAGAAAUACUCGUCAUGCCCGGAGUUCUCUUCUCUGUCACUGAAAUUCAAGAAACGAAAUCAUUGACAACUAUACACUUGACGCACUUGUAUAAUGAACACGAUGUUCAAGUGUACUGGGAACUCUACGACGAUAUACUGAACACGCUUGAGUAUUAA